AUGGGUGGCAACAAAUAUAGAGCUUUGUUAGCGGUCAACAUAGCACAGCUGCUGACCCACAAUCUUGUGAUUGGGUCACCCGUAGCGCAACUUUCCGAGACACUGCCUCCAAUGCUCAUCCAUCGCUUCAUGAUCAACCUGCGAACGGUCGACUCGGAGGCGCUGAAUUACUCUAUGCAUCUUACUAAUCGACAGCAAGAACAGUCGACGGUGCAGUUCAGAAGGCCAACAAAUCGGUUGGGUAAUAUCGGAGAGAUGCUGCAGAGUGCCUGGGACAAUGACGGGCCCACAAACGAAGAGAUUGACCGCGCAGAAGUGGAUGGGGCAGGACGGAGCGAGAAUAGUGCAGAGGCAUGA